AUGGAUAAUUAUUUACAAACAGCUAAUUUAGCUUUAGAAGAGUGGUGUAAGUGUGGAGAUUUACAGCAAGAGAAAGAGAGUCUGUUAAAGGAAAUGAAUAAGGCCAAAGAAAAGAAAGAUGCAGAGAUAGAUAGUCUUAACAGAGAGCAAUCAGUGUUGAGGCCAAUCCUCAACAAGAGAACAAUUUUGUUUUCCUAAGUCCAUUCCAUUCCAUUUUUGUAAUUAUACUCCCAGCAUGCUUAGUGAGCGCGUCUCAGUGUCGUCGUGUAGCGAGAAAGAAACCAUGUGCUUUGUAAUGCGCUAGUCGCUGGGAGUUUCUCAUCGUAUGGUUUUUAUUUGCAAGGUGAAGCUUGUUAGCCAAAGAUGAAACUCCAAUUCCAAUCCUGUUGUGUUGUUAAGAAAAUAUGCUGAGUGUGCAACUCUCGAUUAUUAAACCUUGUGUUCAAGAACCCUUGUGUUGUGAAGGCGCGUUCUUUGUCCCCUGCACAAUCAGAAUACAUCCAUCAAAUAGCAGAAUUAAAUGAGACUAGCACACCAAAUUAUGGAAAACCAAUGGAACAGCUAUCUGAAAGGCAGAGGCUGAAAAGAAUUAAAGAACUCAAAGGAAGCGCUGCAUUGUGGUUCCUUGAGAGUCAUGGUUUAAAAUUAACUGUCUUAAAGUCAGGGAGUCUGAUUCAAGGAGAGAACAUACAUUUGACUUUAGAAAAGGAGACAGUCACCCAAGAGGAUUAA